CGCCGCGGAACUGUGUGACUUUCUUGAUGUUGGUUCUGGUGACAGGAGUAUGCUCUUGCCCUAGCAUUCGGUCGCGGGCAACUGUCUUGGCAGUCAUCAUGAACCGUGAGUCCUUUGGGCCGUCGACGAAUUCGAGGAUGGCGCUCUCGCCCUGAUCAUUUGUGUUCUUUGACUCGGUGCGCACGACGCGAGUAUAGCCUCCCUCUCGGGUCAAGUAUCGGUUUCGCAGCUCGCCCAGCAGUUUAGGUAGGGUUGUGGUGGGUGUCUAGCGAAGAACCUUACUGUUAGCAUGGCUUCUCUGAAUAAGCCCCUGUGGUAUACAUACAUAUAGGAUACCCUGUGCUGAUCUCCGUGCAGGCUCGUUGUCCCUCUUCGCCAGUGUGAUGAGCUUCUCUGCCAUGCGCUGGGCUUCCUUUGCCUUGGCGUAAGUUGUGUGGAUAUGUUCGUUUUGGACGAGCUGAGUAACCAGACCGCGCAGCAGGGCCACACGGGCUGCUGAAUUGCGACUCAGAUGUCGGUACUUGACAGUACCACCAGCCAUUGUGACGGAUGGUUAUAGCGGUAGCUGGCCGGGGAAGGGUAAAAGCGGUGCUCGAAUUAUUAAAAGGUUUGUUCGAUGGUUCGUCGCUUUGCACGUGGGCAGCUCUAAAUCCGUUCAAGAUACGGACGGUAUCUUGGUGGUCAGUUUUUGGUGGAGGGAAAUUUUUGGUUGGGCCUUUUUCGGAGCCGGCUUGUCUUGUCCGCCGACAGAGCCUUUGCACUACGUCAACCCACCACCAACAGAACCUCUUCAACAGCUCUCCAAAGGGGAAAUCGCACGCGUCACGAGGGCAAUUGGGCUCGCGCACGCUAUGAAACUCUGUAUCUAAGCUUCAUUCGACCCUCACUCCCGGAUUGGUCGUCUCUGAUACAUCAAGAACCCGGCAAAUUACCGCAUCUCGGUCAACCGGGCAAAGGCUCUACAUCAUGGGCUUCACCACCGGUUUUACCGGCGGCGUCACUCUCACCCUUUCCCUCGCCUACCUCUCUGUGCUUGCUCACCAGCGCACCCGUGAGCAACAAGGCUCUGCCCUUCGCGCACAAGCUCUCGCCAUCCAAGGGUUGAUCGAUCCUCUUCCCCCCCUGCCUCCGCCCACACGGUCUGAAGUCGCCGCUGCUCAGAGGGCUCAAACUGUUGAGAUUGCUAAGGAUCGAUGGAACACCGAAGUUGAAAACGCCGUGCGAUGGGUGCAGCACACUGACUGGGUUCAAGUGCGCGAAGGCCUCGAAGAUACUGCCUCACGGCUAUGGGCCCGAGCCUUUGGUGUUAGCCCCUCGGAAGCUGUUGGCGAGGCCGGAAGAAAGGUUGCGGAGGCUGAGCGGCAGGCCAAGCCCAUCGUAAAACAGGGGGCUGCUAAGCUUGGUGAUGCUAGCGGAAAGGUAGCGGCAGCGGCCAAAAGCGCUUUCCAGAAGGCCAAGGCCGAGAGCAAGGAUUUCGCCAGUGUUGUUCUGGAUCACAGCAAGGAUAAGGAGAAUGUCGAUAUUGCUCAGGAGGACGGUACUCUUUCAGCAUUGACUCCCGUGGAGAGGGCGCUUCAGCAACGAUUCGGCAAACCCGAGGACAAAGUGAACAAGACAGUUGAAGAGGCGCUGAAUGACAGAUACAAGCCCAUGGACGCGAGGGAUAACACUCAAUUGAGAGGAGUCUAAAGGAAAGUCGUUGAACAAAAGGUUGGCUGGUUGACGAUGAGUGGGUGAACGGUGUGAAUAUUUGUUGUACAUUGCUAUCUGUACCACCAUUUCUUAGAGUCACUCGAAUAGAAACCAGGCUUAGAAAUGCUUGGUAUGAUAAACUGAGUUGUUGCGUCAAGUGAGUAAUGUGACAAAAGCUACUGACCACCUCUCAAUGCGAACUACCUUUAUACAGACCCCCCUUACUUGCAAACAACUCCUCUUUCUAUGCGGUUAAUUGCGGCUUUCCCUUUAC